AUGUCUGGAACUUACAAGCCCACUGAGCACGGCGGUCUCAAGGAGGACGGUACCCCUGACAAGCGUGUCGGUACCGGUCAGUUCGCUCAGGGUCAGGUUGACCCCCAUGAGGCUGGCAAGCAGGGUGGUCAGACUGGUGGCAGCUCCUCUGGCGGUAGCUCCGAGUCCACUGGCUCUUCCGGCGGCAACGGACAGUUCGCUGGCGGCAAGGUUGACCCCGUCGAAGCUGGUCGCAAGGGUGGCCAGAGCUCCAACUAA